CAGUUUCAGGGUCUAAAUACAAACCCUUUGGCAUUACAUUUUUCUUUUUUCUUCUACAUCUACUUACCACAAUAAAUUUAAUUCAGGACCUGGACCGUUGAUUUUGGGUUUCAUUUUUACACGCGCUAGCAAGCAGCCUUGUAUAAAUCGAGUCCACUUCUUGUGUGCUCAUCUUCAUCAAAUUCAGAAAACUUGAUUCCAAAAACAAUGAAAAUCCAUCACCUCAUCAAUAUUUCUCACUAUUUCCUCCUUUCGUUGUGCUUAUUGGGUAUUGGACUUGCAACCAGUACUGCUGUGAAGGCGAAAUCAAUAUGCAUUGAGGAAGAGAGGAAAGCACUUGCGAGCUUCAAACAAGAUCUUACUGAUCCCUCUGGUAGGCUUUCUUCUUGGGUGGGUCAUGAUUGCUGCAACUGGGAAGGGAUUUCAUGCAACAACCGCACCGGUCAUGUUUCCCAAAUGGAUCUCCGCAAUCCACAUCCAUAUGUCUGGUGGAAUGAUGAAGAGUGGGACGAGUUGGCUUAUAACAAGUCUUGCUUGGGGGGUAAGAUAAAUCCUUCUUUGCUUAGCUUGAAACACUUGCAUUACCUGGACUUAAGUUGGAAUAAUUUUGAAGGGAUCCACAUUCCUAACUUCUUUGGAGAGCUUAAAACUCUGAGGUAUCUCAAUAUCUCCUCUGCACAGUUUGCGGGAGAGAUUCCCCCUUCUCUUGGUAAUUUGUCAAACUUGAACUAUCUUGAUGCCGGUUGGUAUUCAUCUCUUUCUUCCAAAAACUUAAAUUGGCUUUCUCAUCUCUCUUCCCUAAAAUACCUCAAUCUCAAUGGAGUGGAUCUUCAUGGCAACACAAAUUGGCUGCAUAUUGUUAACAUGCUUCCUUCCUUACUGGAGUUACACUUAUCUGAUUGUGGAUUAGUAAGCCAUUCACUAUCUCUACAGAGGAUUAACUUCACCUCACUUUCGGUCCUUGAUCUUUCAGCUAAUGAUUUCAAUACUUCUUCAUUUCCUAGCUGGAUUUUCAAUCUUACUAGCCUCAAAAGACUUGAUCUAAACAGCAAUUCUUUCGAUGCUCAUUUUCUAGAUGAACUUGGAAACCUCAAAUCUCUUGAAUACCUAGAUUUAUCUUCUUCGGGGCUCAAAGAUAGUGGAGUUCCCAGAGUCCUUGGAAACUUAUGCAAGCUAAAGACAUUAAAUCUUGAGUGGAACAAUUUUAGUGGUGGGGGGAUUGAAGAGUUUUGGGGGAGUUUGUCAAAUUGUCCAAAUAAUACACUAGUAUUAGAGUCACUAGAUUUGUCUAGUUGCGGGUUGGAAGGCCAAUUGCCGGCCUCCUUAGGAAUGUUAAAAAGUUUGCAGUAUUUGUACCUCUAUGAUAAUCAAAUGAACGGGUCCAUUCCACAAAGUCUGGGACAACUCUCAGAGCUAAUUGACCUCGCACUGUAUGGAAAGUCUUGGGAAGGCAAUAUAACGGAAGCCCAUUUCAUUAAUCUCACCAACUUGAAAUGGCUUUCAAUAGGCCCCAAUUUAGAUGACAUAGAGAAGCCCAUGUCCCUCGUUUUCAACGUGUCUUAUGAUUGGGUUCCUCCUUUCAAGCUCCACCAAAUUGUUAUUAUCAACUGCAACGUGGGUCCUCGUUUUGGUGUAUGGCUUCAAUAUUAGACUGAACUGGCAUAUGUCCUUCUUAAUAGAACUGGAAUAUCAGAUUCUAUACCAGAGGAAUGGUUGUUGAAGCUAUCUUCCCAACUCGUAAACUUGGAUUUAUCUUACAACCAAUUCCGAGGAAGGCUUUCAUCCAAUCAAUUGAUAAGAUUUCCAAAGUUAGAUACAAUAAGUUUGGAUCAUAAUCAAUUUAAGGGCCCACUCCCACUUUGGUCCA